AUGAAAACCUCAAUCAUCUCGCUCCUCGCGUAUCUAGGAUACAUUUCUUUAACGGCCAACGGGUUUUCCCACCAAUUCACAACUCUAGAACAAGGAUCUAAAGACAAGAUAGGUGCUCCGCAUGCGUCGGAGACAGUUGUUGGAGGCCACGAAGACUGUGAGUCUCGUCGUCGGCUGCAGUUUGCUGUCACGGGAGAUACCCGCAGUGUUGCACCGAUGGGGUCUAUUGCUACUGUUGCCGAGACUGACGAGGAGUGGCGACGCAUGGUUGCACCAAGCUCGCACGGAUCCUAG